CUGUUUUAUCUGGUGGGGCGGCGUUGGGAUGAGCAGGACCCGCCUCCUCAAGCCCUCCUCCCAUGUGUCAGAGCCAUGGCCAUCCGUGACACUAGUGAAGCAGCACCCUCGGCGGGCUGCCGACUCGUGGGACCAUCUGGCAUCUGUGUUGUCCGUCUGGAGAUUCCCCCAGCUUGGUUUACACCUCCACAAGUGAGAAAAAGACCUCCUGAAGUGACUCUACCAUUACUGGAUGUGUAUUACUCAAUCAUACCAGUGGAAGGGGCUGGUCAAGAGUGUCCCUCCAUUGUUAAUGAGCCAUGGAGAGGUCAGAGUGCAAACGUCGGGCCUCUUGGCAGCCUGGGCAUGGGUCUCGGGGGACAGUGGAGCCCCCUAGUGGAUGGAGGUCUUCAGGACAUGCUGAAAGCUGGUUCUGUGGUAAUGACCAUGGGCCCGGUUUCUGCCAAAGGAGAAAAAUUGAGACUUGAUGAAAAUGUGGAGGUUCUGGUGCCUCCCAGCCCGGUUCGGCUCGGCAAGACGGUGGCGUUUGGCGUCUACAUGAAGACGGGUUCAAACACGCAACAGUUUACGUUAAGGGUGUGGUUCCAGUCAGGCAUUAACUUCCUGGCUGUGAAACCCAGCAACCUCGUUGCGUGGGAGAUCAAACAGGAAAUGGCACCGGGAAGCAGUUCGUUGGCGGUGAUGUGUCAGAGGAGGGUGUCCUCCACAGCAGAGAGGUUGGAAACUCCGUCAUAUGAGGUGAUGCAGCUGGAAUUUGAGGUGGAUAAUGUGAUCAACCUGGUGCCAACCCAGACUCUACACUGGAACGUCGAGUACCUAACUGGCAUGCAGACAUCUUCCAGGCAAACGGAGAAAGUCUCGCACCUCUACAUCAGCAACGCUGACAUACAGGGAAUCGUACCACUAGCUGAGGACACAGAGGUGGUGAACACAGCCAUUCUUACAGGUCGUCGUGUCGCUGUGCCCAUCAAACUGGUUACGGUGGAAACCAACGGGCAGGUGAGGGAAGUGGACGACUCGGUCACCUGCACCUCGACAGACGUGGACGUGGUCAAGGUUUCUCCAAACUGUGACCAGGUCUUGGUGAACGGCAAAGAAAUGCGCGGUCGGCAAUCUUUGGCAGUCAACUUCACCUACCUGCACCUUUCUGCUCAGCUGCAGCUCACCGUCUGGGUGCCCAAGCUACCUCUGCAGAUAGACGUGUCGGAUACUGAGCUGAGUCAGGUUAAAGGCUGGAGGGUACCGAUCGUCACCAACAAGAGACCUACCAGGGACAGUGAAGAUGAUGAGGACGAUGAGAGGAAGGGCAAAGGCUGCACCCUACAGUACCAGUACGCCUUGGUGCGGGUCCUCACCCAUUUUGUCGCAGAACCCUCUGACCCCAGAGGUGAGAUGGUCUACAUGUUGGGUGCAGACUGGCAGGCUGAUAUCACUCAUUUGGUCUUGGACCAGCUAAAAGUAGAAGAUCCUCGCAUCGCUAGAUUGAUAGACGGACGAAUCUUGAUAGGGCGGGACCUGGGUAUUACUACAAUACAGGUUCUGUCCCCACUGUCAGACUCCAUCCUGGCAGAGAAAACUGUGACAGUGUUGGAUGACAAGGUCACCAUCACUGACCUGGGAGUGCAGCUGGUUGCAUCGCUGUCCCUCAGUAUGACAGCGAGUCCUGGAAACUACCAAGCUAUACAGCUAACAACUACAGCCACAGACCUGCUACAUGCACCCAAACAGGAGGCAGCAAUCAGUGCAUGGAUCCAGUACAGUGACGGUUCAGUGACACCACUUGAUGUCUAUGAUUCCAAGGACUUCCUCCUCUCGGUUGUGUCUUUGGAUGAGAGCGUCAUCUCCAUAACAAAUCAGGAGCAACACUGGCCGAUCGUCGUGGCAGAGGGCGACGGACAGGGAGCGCUGGUUCGUGUAGAGAUGAUCAUCUCUGAGACCUGCCAGAAAUCCAAAAGGAAGAGUGUGCUGGCAUCUGGAGUUGGCAAUGUGAUAGUGAAGUUUGGAGCAAAGAGUGAAGACAGAGGUGCGAUGGGUAGAGGUGGACAGGACGAUGGAGGAGGGAUGGACAACAGCACCAGCGAGCACCAAACAAAGGACGGACGAGAGUGGAAGUCCAACAGUGCAGCAGUGGACCGAGAGGAAGGAGCCAUGAGGAAGGUUAGCACAACGACGAAGAGCACAGUAACCCAUCGUGCUUCAGGAGGUAAAGCUGCCAGUGGAGGCAGCAGCAGCAGCCGAGGCGGAGGCCCCAGCCAAGCAGGGGACUACAGUAGCUACCCAGCACAAGUUGAGGUACCAGGCACUGGGGAUAGUGAGCUGACCCAGACCACCAGAGGACUGUCGGACCUGGAGAUUGGAAUGUAUGCCCUUUUGGGUGUGUUCUGUCUGGCAAUACUGGUCUUCCUCAUCAACUGUGUCAGCUUUGCCUUCAGAUACCGUCACAAGCAGGUCCCUGUGCUGGAAGCAGGAGGCAACAUGAACCACGCCCAUGACUGGGUGUGGCUUGGGAACGAGGCUGACCUUCUAGCUGACCACUCUGACCAAUGCCAGGGCGGGCUGCCCGAUGAGUGCACCACCAUCAUUGACCGGAACGACGGAGGAUACGAGGAGAACAAGUACCUGCUGAACGGGGCUGGUAACACCUUAGUGAUGGGUGUGGGCACAGGCAUGGGCACCAUUCGUGGGAGUGGUGGCACAGGUGGACACCGGGGCAUCACCCACGGACAAACCUUGCCCAGAUCAGUUCCAGAACCGCAUCAGUGCCUGUCAGCAAUCACAACUGGUGGCAAAAACGCCACUGGCCAAGCAGAGCAUCUUAAUAAUUCCCCCCGAGCCACGGCUGCAGCUGCAGUUGCAGCCGGCAAACGCGUCCAGUUCACGUCUUUUGCCACCGUCCUGCCCAAUGAUAAUUUGGGUGGGGGUGGCCCAUACGCCAACUCCUCAGUCCUGGUGACCAAUGGGAGUGAGGAUGACAUCAAGUGGGUGUGCCAGGACAUGGACCUGGGUCAGUCUGAAAUCAGAACCUACAUGGAGAGGCUACAAGACAAUCUGUGACUGACGGGAAAGAGACUGAGAAAUGGAGGGGCAGAGGAGGAGUACAGGACAGGGAGGAUGGACAAUGAGUACAAUUCACCUGUAAUGCCUUUGCAAUGGAUGAAGGGAGGGAGAAAGGGAGGGAUAUGAGAACAGGCUAUGGAAAGCAUAUACUGGCAUCCCUCACUCACACUGAAAACACUGGUAGCAAACAAUAAAUACCAUAAUAAGUUUGUUUUUUAUUAUUAAUUGUGAACAUAUUAGUGUAAAAAUCAAUAAUAGAGUCACUAUUGGUUAUGAAUGUUUAUUUUCAGAAUACCAGUAAACCAUUGCGCUAUUCAGAAAAUUCAGGGUACGCUAUUGGACAAACCUAUCAAGCCACUAUAUAUUUAAACGAGGAUGGCAAGAACAUCAUUUCUGAGGUGUUUUUUACCCAUAUGGUGUUUCGCCACUAUUGGCUGUGGCUGUUGAUUUAAUUAUUGAUAAAUCUAGUUUUAAUAUUUACCAGCCAAGUCAUGGUUAUGUAGUGAUUAUGAUCACUGAAGAUAGUGAGUUUCAAAGAUGCAAUCUAUUUGUUUUUGUUCUAUCAUGUCACCCAUUUGCUUUUGGCAUUGCUCAUAUGUGAAAUGUAAAAUAUAUAUAUAUAUAUAUAUUCCAAGUACUCUACAAUAAAUUCGGGCACCAGCGGGAGCUGCCAUUCAGCACUGAAAAGGGGCGAUCUCGCUCUUUCCUCAAACAACAGAAUGUGUCAAGAGUUGGAAGAUGAUAUGACGAACAAAAGACUGUUUCUCCCUUGGAUCCAAAACAGAGGCAUUUAAACUUGCACAAUUACAAACAGGAAAGGACACUAGCCAUAUUUGAGGCUCACUUCCUGUUUUGUGAAACCUUCUAGCCAAUGACGGCUUUCUCCCUGUAUUCAGAACCAAUCGCAUCAUCCCCUGGCCCCUCUCCUUGUCUGUGAUUGGACACCAGUGAACUGAAGUACACAGUAACAUACUGUGGAAUACUGUCUGUAAUCUAAAAGGGGACUGACUGAGGUGUCUCAUGUAAAAAGGAGGCUGCUUGGGCUUUGCAAAGCCUGAACGAACACUUAAUAAUGAGGAUUAUUUAAAACACACACCAUGUAGGCAACAAGACAGACCAGAGUUACCUGCAGUGUUACAUGGAGCUGACAGGAUAUAUUGAAUGGAAUUACAAUACAAAUGAAAAUGGAGAGAAACUCUUGAAUAUCUCACGAAUAGAUAUGGGGUCAUGAAACAUGUUUGAGUUGGUGAACAUAACUAUGUAUAUGUUUUCCCUUGUUUGUCCGUUUGGAUUAAUAGAAAGUUUUUAUUAUGUUUUUCCUUAGAUUUAUUAAGAUUUUAAGGAAAUGUGAUUAUUUUUUAUUUUAGAGAUCUAUUUAUUUAAAUUAACAUUUGAGAGGGUGAGGGUGGAAAGGAAGAAAGAUUAAAAAAAAAACAGAAGAUCUGCUGGUGAAUGAUAGCACAUAAAAGAACAAGCGAAAGGAAGGAGACAGAACAGGCAGAGGUUGCCUCACCUUCGUUAAGCUCAGGUGACGAGUCAUGAAGAACUGACAAUGAAAAAGGAGAACUGUAAGAUUGUUAAGAUUGCAAUAUUUAUUUAUAAAUGUGUUACUGUUUCAGAGUACACUGUAUGUUGUAGAUAAAUAAACAUGCUUCAAAGUGCUUGUGAAUAAGAUUGCAGGUCACUAGCCAACAUGAUAUUUUGUACAUUUUACAGUGAAAGUAUGGUACACAAUACUAUCUACCACCACAAUGUGAAAGUGAUCUUAUUGGUUCUUUUUCUAAAGAUGUUCCUGUCUUUGUUUAAAGUAUUAAAUUAGUUAUUGUCUUUGUACAGGGUAUAAUCGGUUUACCUCUAUAAUGAGAUGUAAAAAUAGAGGAAGACCCAUCGUGAAUCAUAAUCAAAAUUGCUUGAAGAGGGUGAGUCCAAAAGAUUAAUUUCAGAAGGAAAACCAAACCAAAUGUUCUGAUGUUCGGCUAGUCCGAAAGAAAACAUCUGGAUUACUACUCACACAAGCAUCUCUACUUUCAAUCAUUUGUUUAAAGGUGCAAUGUGUACCUGGCCACUUGCUCCGAAGAAAUAGGGGGCAGCAUUUCACGUUUUUUUUAAAGCCCAUAUUAGCUCAAUUUAACCAAAUUGCAAGGUCAAAAUGACACUGCUAUCUUGUGAUUUCCACAUGUGGCUGUACGGUCCGUGUGCGUUUUCAUAGUUUGUUUAUUGGCUUAAAUCCAAAGUGGCGGAAAUAAAACUAUGAUCUGCACUUUCAUCUCGUCGGCCAGGAGACCACCCUAACCCGGAAGAGAGCAGUCGGCACUCGGCAGCUCAACGAGACGGAAGAAUUCAGCCAGCACAAGACCCAGACCCCAGUGCCCGGAGUCAUAGUGGGUUGGUUGAGGGCUGAGUCCAACCGGUGUUACAGCAGCAGCAGAAAGUUGCAGAAAGACCCACAAUCGCAUCUUGAGGAACAAGUGGUUUUACCAGAAAGAAGGAGCCGGACCUUGCUGGUUGGUAAUAGAUACCUCCACAGCACAAAUCAUUGAUGAAUUUGGCAUAAUGUCGAAACUGAGACUUCUUCCUAAUCUUUUGAUAAUGUUUUAAACUAAAGUUCUGGCCAGAUCUUACACGUUGCACCUUAAAACACCAUACAUAAUAAAAAAUACACAUGAACUCACAUGAAACAGAAUGAAUACAGGAUUCAAAGGACAGAGAGCUUGACACAGAUAAGAGACCUGAGCUCACAGGCUGCACAGCCUCCACCAAAGCAAUAGAUACUUUGACUGAUGAUGGCAACUACACUGUAUAUUCCGGACUCAUACACAUUACUGUAUCUCGCCUACUCUAACGUAGCUACAAGACUGCUGUGACUGAAAGGAUCACUCAAACAGGUACACGUUCGAUGGUCGUUGAAGGGAGAAGUGUAGCAAUGCUUUCUAUGAAAAACAUUUUGACUCUUAACUAGAGCUGUGAGUUUGAUCAGCCUGUGACACCUACCUGUUGUAUCAUUUUGAAACUUUAUGGAUGUCAACUGAAAAAAAAAACAAGGGUAUUUCUGAUUAUUUGUGGGGCAUUUCAGCUUUUAUUUGAUACCAGAGAAAGACAAUUGUUCUGUAUGUAGCCAAUGUGGAAGGACCGCAAUUAACUGCAUGCUUACUAAACUACUGCUGAACCUGAGCACAGUUUCCCAGAAGAAUUGUUUUAACAGCACAAAUGUUUGGCUUCUCUGUCUAAGUUACACAGAAUGGCAAUAGUUGGUUGCAAAUAGAGUCUAAUUUUGUGUUUACUCGUGCUAAUUCGGUUUAACCACUGACAUUCAACAGAGAAUUCUUUACACAGGCAACUGUAAGUGCAGAAACAAAAGCACUGUUGGUUUUUAAUUUAUUUUUUAUUUUCCCCUGGUUCCUCAGGCUGUUUUGCUGGUAUACAGGGAAAUGGAUCUGUCUGCCUCAGAAAUAUGUUCAUAUUUAACCAAUUUGUGAAAGCAAUUUUUAACGAAUGCGGGGGUAGCAUUGUGAGGUUCAUACGUUGCAAGUAAAAGAAAGUAAGGGUGUGGCAGUGAGGGAGGUGAUUGGGCCGACAAUGUAUUCAGUUCAUAACACAACGUCUUCAAUGUUCAACAGAUUGCAUUUCAUCCAAAGCUUAUUUUUGCAAAGAUAAAACAGUUUGAUAUGAACAUAAAUCUGACGAUAAAGGUUUCAAGAUUCUUUUGAACUGAGGAUUCACUUAUUAAAUAUGUUGUCACUCAGCCUUGUUGUACAAUGCUUGUAAGGCUUUGUGUCUACUUAGGAUCUGCAUAUAUAGUGCUGCCAAAUUGUCCUGAUCAAAAAAAACGAGGCCUUGUUUUCAGAGGAUGAUUUUACAAAAUUAGCCACUGUAGAUGUCUCCUCCUGAACCCGAUCUUGCUAUAAAACUUGAGUGAAGUGAGUAUACUACCUUCCAACCACAUUAGUUCUGCAUGGUAACAGGCCUCUUUUAACUUGUUUUCAGACCAAUUCAAGUAACUUGUAUUGCAUUUUUCUAAACAAUUCCUCUCGGAUGAAGCCUAUGCAUAGUAGUAGUUCAGCCACCAGCAGUAUAAAAUUGGACCUCUACAGUGGCAGAAACAAAUCAAACCACUAAAAUACAAAUACACAUUCUCAAAAGAGCUGAGUUAGUUUGUUGUGCAGUUACAGUGGGAGGUCCACAGGAGUAGCAGUUGAAUGUGCUACAGGUAAAAGAGGUGCCAGUGGACACGAGCCCGAAAGAUUGUUUGUUUAGUUUUUUUCCUUUUGCUAUUGUCAUUGUUUAAACAUGGCUCAUGGAGGCCAAUAAAGACCCAUAACCAAAAACAGCCUGCUCCUUUGUCUUAUAAUGCUCUGUUUAAUCCACUGGAGUCACGAUAGCAGUUAGCCAUUGUUGCUAUGAUAAUCUUGUUAUUUGGACUCAUGUUUCAGCAUUUCAACCUUUCGCCUCGAUGGAAGUACAGAAUAUAAUCAGAAGGUACUGUAGCUGUGACUUUAGACAUUGAGUUUCCUAAAAUGGCAUUAUCUGCACAUCAUCACAGGUUUGUUUAGAAGAGCUGUCAUUUUCCAAAAUACGUGUGUUUCUAAAUCAGACUUUUGUGUUGAAACGUCUAUCUAAACCAAGGCUGUACAGAGAUUUGUUGACUUGUUUCUGUAGGAUUAUGUAAAACGUAAAAAAACACAAUAACUCUUAAAAACUUUUGAAAGCUUUGCAAUAAGGGGACUUUUUUCAAACAUGUACCUGGUACCUUCAUAUGGGAAUGAUUUAAAGCUAUUUCAGUAAUGUGAAGUAUAUCUUAUAGUUUAGAAAACACUGGACAAAGUCCGUAGCUUGUGAUGACUCAUCUCUACACUGACAAAAGAUAAGACCGU